GUACUAUUUUAUAGAGUGUCAACGAUACAAGAGGAUAACGAACUCGACGAAUUUCGACGAACCGCUGACAGCGACUGUAUGAGUCCGUUCGUUAGUCGAGGCGCUUUCAUUGGUGACGAAGUUUGUGUAACAGAAGAAGAACGUCAGCAAGUAAAGUUAGAAAAUGCCAUGCAACAUUCUGCUAUACGUUAUUAUGCGUUUUUCAAUGGUCAAGAUAGUGUGGGCACCUAA